AUGUAUCUGUUUGUCUUUCCACGGCAGGUGUUAUUAGCGGAGGGAUGGCAUGAUCUGGAUAACAAAGACUAUGACUGCUGGCCCUUAGAAAAACCAGAUGAGUAUAACAUGCUGGAUUGCGGAGGCCUUGAGAUGGCAUGGGUCCAACGGCCUCCAGAAAAAGCCUUAAGUGGGGAGUUCUUCAAUGUAACGUAUGCAGUGUUUGCUUCAGAUCACUUCUACCAAUAUGCUGUCCAAAAUGGCAUCCUCUCUCACAGCAAUGCUACUGCUGCAAAGAAGUUUUGCGAAGAACAGGAGUGCCCUUCCAACUGGAAAGAUGCAAAUGGAGAGAACUGCUGUGUUCAUCAUGCCAACAUUCACUCCUGCCCCUUGGCCUUUAUGGGGAAAGGUGGAAUAUGUGGGCCAUGGAUUCCAGAUGAUGGACAGAUAUUUACUCAUACCCUAUCUACAGCUGGCAAAAUGAGUCAGAAAAACUGGACUGCCAAGGUAGUUUUGGUUCAUGUGGGUGUGACCUCUCUCAUCGCACACAUCAGGGUUGGCAGAAUUCAGGUAGCUCUGGAAGCCAAAACCACUGUCCUACCUGCAGUAGUGUGUGGAGAUGGUUUUUGUGAAGAUGAUGAAGGCUGUUCGACAUGUCCAGCUGACUGUGGAGAAUGCCCGCUGACAACUGGUGCCAGAAUAGCAAUUGCCUUACCAAUAUGUUUAGUCUGUGCUGGCUUCAUACUGACAAUAAUGUGGUUUCAAUAUCAGAAGCAAAAGAUGUUUUGGGAUGAAAGCUGGAUUAUAGACUUCAGCCACAUCAGACAAGAUCGCAUGGUACGGACUGCAAUGGGUAGCAUCCUUAGUGUGCCCCAUGCACCCAGUGAAUCCAAUGCCAGCUGUAUCACUGCACUGAGCUCCUGCACAGCAGCUGUCAGCACCUCCAGGAAGCAGUACUUCACACAGACCGGAAUAUAUGAUGGAAGGACAGUCGCCAUCAAGAAAAUAAUGAAAAAGACUUUCACUCUGUCCAAAUCCAUACGGAAGGAAGUAAAGCAAGUGAGAGAACUCGAUCAUCCCAACCUCUGCAAAUUCGUCGGAGGUUGUGUAGAGGUGCCAAACAUUGCAAUUGUGACAGAAUACUGUCCAAAAGGGAGUCUGAAUGAUGUUCUGCUCAAUGAAGACAUCCCUCUAAACUGGGGCUUCAGGUUUUCCUUUGCUGCAGACAUUGCUCACGGAAUGGCAUAUCUUCACCAACAUAAAAUGUAUCAUGGACGGUUGAAGUCCAGUAAUUGUGUGAUUGAUGACCGAUGGGUUUGUAAGAUCGCAGACUAUGGAUUGCAGUCUUACAGGAAAGAAGAUUCCUCUGGGGGCUCUAGUUCAUAUCAGCAGGAUUUGAUACAGAUUUAUUUGCCACCCGAGAUGCAUUCACUGUUGAACUUUGAACCUACUCCUAUGGCAGAUGUGUACAGUUAUGCCAUCAUUUUAUUAGAGAUUGCAACAAGAAAUGACCCUGUGCCGGAUGAAUCUCAUUCAGUAGAGCAUUCUUGGUGCCCACCUCUGACAGAAUUGAUUUCAGGGAAGUCUGACAAUUCCUGCCCAUGCCCUACAGACUAUGUGGAGCUAAUCAGAAGGUGCAGGAUAAACAACCCAGUCCAAAGACCAACAUUUGAGCAGGUCAAGAAGAUGUUGUACAAGAUGAAUCCUAACAAAGUUAGCCCUGUUGACAUGAUGAUGACCCUGAUGGAGAAAUACAGCAAACACCUGGAAGUCUUAGUUGCAGAAAGAACCCAGGACUUAAUGCAUGAAAAACAGAAAACUGAUUGUUUGUUGCAUAGCAUGUUACCAAAGCAAGUAGCAGAUAGUUUAAGGCAAGGAAAACCUGCACAAGCCCAAAGCUACAUAAGUGCCACCAUCUUUUUCAGUGACAUCGUUGGCUUCACUCAGCUGUCCAGCACCAGCACACCUUACCAAGUGGUGGACUUCUUAAACAAGCUCUACACUACCUUUGAUGAAAUUAUAGACAAUUAUGAUGUCUACAAAGUGGAAACUAUAGGAGAUGCAUACAUGGUAGUGUCAGGGGUACCCAAGGAGAAUGGAAUUCUGCAUGCUGGAGAAAUAGCCAGUAUGGCCCUGGACCUUGUGGCAGUGUGCAAGACAUUCAGGAUUCCACACAAGCCCAACACCCAGCUGCAGAUACGAGCAGGAAUCCACUCAGGGCCUGUUGUAGCUGGAGUUGUUGGAACCAAAAUGCCACGGUACUGCUUAUUUGGAGAUACUGUGAACACCGCAUCCAGGAUGGAGUCCACCAGUGAAGCUCUUAAAAUCCAGUGCAGUUUGAGUACAUACCAACUGUUGGAGCAGAUUGGAGAGUAUGUGUUAGUGUGUCGAGGGAAUUUACAAAUCAAGGGAAAAGGAGACAUGGUAACUUACUGGCUGGAAGGAAAGCAGGCUGCUGCCAGACAAAAGCGAGCUCCCAAAUUGACUGCACCGACUCAAGAGCUGGAUCCCACCACUUUUAGUUUGAUUCCUGGAGUUUUGCCCAGUGACCCGCUCUCAAGUGCAACUUAAAGGACUUGGAGAGUGGUUUGGCUGUUCUGUUUCUUGUCUUUUUCAACCUGUUAGAUAUAUCUGACAAACCUCUCUUGUGUUCCUGAAGGGCCUCGGGUAUUUGAAAGUCUCCCUUUCUGUGCCACACACAGAGUCAAAGCCAAAGAAUAGGUGCUGCCUCCCCAUACCACCAGUACUCCUGGGUUUGUGGCACAAACAAAAAUAAAAUAAAAGCAAUGUUUGGCAAUGACAGGUGUGUGGAUGUAAGAAGUGAAAUGGAUGAUUUUGUGUCAGAAGCUAUCCAGAGAUGGGGAUCUUCCAACAGGAAUCAGAUCUGUACAGCUGUCUCUCUGCUUCUGUUGGGGAACUCCCUGUGUACAACCCUUAUUAUUGGACUUGGCAGAAACCAUAGGCUGGAGAUUCCAACAGAUUAACUCUGCUUGGUGGAAAGAGAGAAAAUGGGUAAAGCUGCUAUUUAGUGUCAUAGUAAACCUCAUGGAAUCAAAGUAAUGAGUGUUUCAAGAGGGACAGAAAUGUGGAUUUGUUAACAUUUCUAGCUGUGUGCAGUAGAAGGAAAAUAAUCUGACCCUGACCCAAUGCAUAGAGUACUGCACUAGAAUGUAGGAGGCCUGGAUUUUAUUCCCAGCUCUGGCAGAAGCUUGCUGGCUGGCUGAAAUCACUUUACUUCUGUGUGCCUCAGUUUCUGUAUGUAUAAAAUGGGGAUGAUGAUAUUUACCUUCUUUGUAAAACACUGAAAUUCAUGCCCAGAAAAUGCUAUACAAGUGGUUUUUUGUUAUUAUUGAAUACAAGAUAGACUGUUAAAAGCAUUUCCCAGCUGAGGACCAAUUUGGAAACUAUGGGAGCUCUCUGGAAUGAAGGUUUGACACUCGAGUUGUAUUAUGGAUGAAGGAGGCAAGUUUGUGUUAAAGAGAUGCUGUUUGUCUGCAGUUUCACUGAGAAAUCAGAGAAAACCUAAUGAGUCAUUGUGCAGUUUAGGAGACUGUAAUCAGGGUUGUUGCUUCUUAUUUAGAGAAACCUUAUGCUAGAAAUUUAUGUCUGCUGGUAAACAUGGUUUUACUUCUAGAGCGUCUUCUUCAAGUUCUGUUAGUGACUAUUUUCCCUAUUUUCCCUAAAGGCAAAGUAUGGUGUGUGUUGUAUACUAUUUAGGGUUGUUAGUGUUUUUCCCUCUGUCAGACUAAAGGUUUAUUUAAAAUGGUAGCCAGCUUUCUUUGAGUCAGGACUAGUCUACAGUAGAAAAAUUGCAGAGUAACUAACCUGAUUUAAAACCAAUUAGCUAGUCUGGUACAAAAACUUCACAUAGGUACACUUAAUUAGGUAUAAAUCUUAACUGAAUAAUUGCCCAGUUUGUGCCGCCACUGUAAUUAGCCUGCAUUUUAUUAAGUAUAUGCUGUGUGAUGAGUGAGAUUUAACAUAUUACGGUAUUGCUGACAUUGUAGAUUCUUACUCAGCUUUUUUGUGGAAAGCAAAUGCAACAGUAGGCAGCAGUUUUUAAAGGGAGUUAACAGAUUUAUGAUUCCAAAUCCUCCUGAAAUCCAAAGUGAGUUUGAGGGAUCUUUGAAGAUGCUAAAAGGGGAAAUCUGGCCCUGCUAAGUCAGUGGGAUUUUGCCACUCACUUCACUGGAGCUAGGAUGUCACCCAGCAUAUGAAAUUAUUUUUACUGAGUGAAAUUAUACUACAAACUUGAAUUUAAAAAAUAUGCUUUCACAGCUAUUCAAUUUGAAAUAUUUCAUUUGUAUAUGCUCAAAUAUCAUAUUAAUAUCCAGUACAGGAAAACAAACUUAUAUUCAGUCUCAACCUUAUACUCCCAUUUAACCACAUAGCAGUAACAUCCCACUCAGAAUGAUUGCUUCUGGUGCUUAGCAAAAACUCCAUUUAUCAGGAUGUGGCAUUUGUUCCUGAACCCCUGUAGUCUACACAGUUGCAACAUACAUUGUGUUGUGUAUUAUUCUUUCACUGAAUUAACAGUCAUUUUUCCAAUGUGUUAAAUUUUGUAUUAGGAGUAAUAUAAAAAAAGAUCUCACAGCUUUUAGGUAACAUAAACUGGAUAGUAUGCACUGGAUCUAUUA